AUGUUCAACCCACAACCGAUCGACCCUCACAUUCGAGACGAGCUAGAUGUCAUGCUUCCGGAAGCCAUGGACGAAGACGAAGAUAUGAAUGACGUAGGCGAAUCAGAAGGAUCCUACCAUGAAGACCACCAUACAUCACCCCCGCCGCAUGAAACCAGUUAUCCAACAAUAUCCAACACACAGCCAAUGCAGUCGAACAAUGGAGACGAUGUACAGCCAACGCUUUCGCAUCCCACGCACGAAGAGCAACACAACUACAACAUACACGAAUCAGCAGAAGGACAAUUUGGAGACGACCUUUAUUUACCACCGUUGCCUCGAACAGAAUAUACAUCUCGUUAUCAAACUUGGUUUCAUAUUCUGAAUGACCCAUCCAAUAUGCUGCGUCAUGCUUUCCUUGGUUAUUUUUCAGGGGAUGGUUGUCAUCACACGGAUGGAGUUGCAUCAAUCAGCUUAAGAUCUACCGAUUUCGUCUGGUUGUAUCGAUUUACAAGAACCUAUGGCAUAGACCAACCAAUCACAUUCAGACCUUCUGAUUACAUCUCCAUGAAAACCACGGCCGUUUAUUUCGGGCAAUUGCAGGUCACUAUGCAUUGGUUUGUCGGUGCAGCCUCGGUCUAUUUUGGGAUGCCUUCCAGCAACACCCACAACACCAACAAGUACAAGAUGGAGCGAUAUUUCAACAUGCCUGAACCUACUCGACGAAUGGCCUUUGCAAUCUAUCUGUUGACUUUCCUUGACGCAGACGGGAGCAUAACGAGAUUUGAGACGUACAGCACAUAUACACCAGGCUAUACAAUGACGGGAUUUGUUGUAUCACAGCGAGAUCGCAGGAUGUUGGAAUUUAUUAUGGAAAUGCUACAACAGUAUGGCUACAAGAGUUUCUUUUCACCAAAUGUCGAUGCAAAUUCCAGCACUCUCCACAUCAACUUCGCUAACAACAACGACAUAGCAACACAAUUCUUUCGACCGGCCAUGAGAGAGUUGAUCUUAAAUGGAUACCCUUUGUCAGGAAAGCUGUCGAUGGUCGACUAUUGCCUUGAGAACGAUCUCUUUGCGAACAUCCGAAUGUGGGCCCCGUAUUCGUUAUCGUUCACCGAAUAUUGCAAGGACCUCGAUGAUGAUAUACUGGUAGUGCUGGCGGAGGAUUUCCGGGCGAUGAAUGUGUUUGAUGUGAAUAUGGUAUUGGAGGCGCUCGGUUUGCAUAAGCUAUCAUCGACAUACGAUAUCGACCUCACUAUGUUGAAAGAUACUCUUCAACAUAUCGACCCCAGCAGCUGUACGGAGGAGCAGGGAAUCGCUAUGAAGUAUUUUGAUACAGUGAAACAACGCCGCACAGAAUACACUGUACAGGAGCACGAAUACAAGAAGACAUUCUACUACUGCGAUCAUUGCUUUUAUGUUACCGACAACGAAAGAUCUUUACAAAUACAUCAGCAAGUCCAUGACAAGGCCAAGCUAUAUGUUUGUGCGACUUGCAAUCGACACUAUGAUGACGGUGACCAUCUCACUCAGCACCAAAAGCAAUGCCACCCUUUCGAGCCAAAGCCGUGUCCAUUUAAGAAUUGUGUUUUCACCUACAGCACCCCAAUUCAGCUUACGAAACACAUGGAGAUUCAUAGGACAGAAGGGCGUCCGUUUGUCUGCUCGGUGUGCCAUCGAACGUACAAGCGCAAUAGCGAGCUCAAAGUCCACAAGAGAACACAUAAGCAAGAGCGCCCCUAUAAAUGCCUGCAUUGUGUUAAGUCGUUUACCACUUCAAGUGAUUUAUCCAAACAUUACAAAACAUCAAAAGACCAUCCUGAAUUGAAUUGUACCGUUGAAGGUUGCCCGUUCACAUACAAAUGCCAAUUACAUCUUGACGAACACAAUGAAAGACAUCAGGAGGGCCAGCCAUAUGUAUGCGUUGUAUGCACAUAUGGAUACAAAAAACGAGAAUCCUUCUUAGGACACAUCAAAGGACACCCAGAUCAUUUUCAACUUUGUGCAUAUGGAUGUGGUGAGCGCUUUUUCAAUGCUGUCGAGCUGGAAAGUCAUGAACGAGACCAUGAACAAGAAGCGUCAAGUGAAACGGCAAGCACCUUUAACAACGAAGCCAACUAG